GAGGGUCGGGUGAUCCGCCGACUCGUCUGCCUUACUGAACGUGUUGAAGACCUCGUCACAGAGUUUGACAGACGUGUGACGCUGGGUAUCGACUCAGAUGAUGAUACUAGCUUGAACGACUCCGAGGACGACAGGAGGUACCGAUCGUACAAGAAAUUAGCCACUUGGUGUCCAACAGUUCGUAAGCUUGUACACUCCGAGGUUGAGAACAGGGAGCUCUCUUACAUAUACAGCAAGUUAAAUAAAGGCGCUGAUGGAGCAAGGGGUGAUGAUACGACACGGCUCAAAGUUGUUGUUGCCUCAUGGUUGAUGCAACAAACCCCACAUCCGACCCCCAUCAUCCAUGGGCAGAACAAAUUGGGUCGCGGAUUUAACAAUGAUGCAACUGGACGGCUCAUAUGCCCCGUCGAUUACGACUGGAAUGAUCCAGUCGUCCAACAAAGCAUCAGGGAUUAUCACCCUGAUUAUCGAGUUACGGCUCACUCGUGGCCUUCUUUUUUAUAUAAGGACGAAACAUACGACCCACUGAAACCUACAGAUGGUUUAUUCAAAGGGCAAUUCCUUUUAAAGACAUUCAAAUACAUCUUCACGUCUCCCACUUCUGCAGAGAUGGACGAGCAAGAGCAGCUCAGCCCGGAAGUACUUUCCACACAGGGUCGUCCAAAGCAGCGAAGGACCAAUGGCGAAUGCCGCACUCGUUCCAACCUUAGGUUUGCUUUGUCUAGCACGGGAUCAUGGCGUAUUGUAGACGACGAGUUCAACCAUCAAGAGUUCUACGACAAUAUCGUUGACUUCUUCGAGCUUGCCGUGACAUCAGACGCAGCUAAGGAAGUAGAAGACCUCUUACUUUGGUGGAACCGCAAGGUUUUCGGACGCAAGCAUGUGUCCACCUAUCGGCCCCAAAGAGUUGAACAACUCUCCGUUGCUCGGUGUUCGGCCAGACAUUAG